AUGUUCCGCCUGUUGCUGCUGUGGGGCAUUGUGGCUCUGGUCGCAGCUCUCGAUGAGCGGGAGUUUCAUCCUCAAGUGGCACCACCUUUGAAAAUUGUACCCAAACCCUUUCAGCUCUGGCGCAGUUUUGCCAGCCAGGUUCGUCUGGCCUUCAGUCGGUUUCAGGCCAAGACAGUGACUCCUCAUCCUCCUCCUCCUGCUCCCACUAUUAAAACCAGAAUGGGAACUACUAGCACCACCUCAGAGCCAAAACUCCAAUUCUAUGGAGCUCUAAAUCCCAUCUAUCAGACGGGCAACUUUUAA